AUGUCAUCACCAUGUCAGAACGGAGGCACCUGUGUAGCGAACUACAAGUAUCACUCGUUUGACUGCCGUUGCAAAGAAGGGUUUUAUGGAGAAUUUUGCGAAAAAGGUAAUUGAUAUUCAGACCGGGGCCCCCGUUCAAGUUAGGACAACCAAACUUAGCGGCUUUACCUAACCGUUAUCUAGGAAAAUUUUUAAGGCGUUGUGACGUGUAAGUCAGCAUUGAUGUUACCAUGGCAACCGAGUUUUGACAGCCAUGUUUUUCAAAAUUUGUAUUUUCUCUAAAAAAUAGGUUUUAUUUCUUUCUUUUACUGAUUGAAUUAUUACGUUAUCUACUUCUUUUUUUUUCAGUUGCCAAGUCCUCAUGCCAAGACGUUUAUAAUCAGCCCACAGAAAAGUGAGUAAACCUAUACAUAGUAAUUUAAUUGAUGAGGAUAGAUCAGUUAAGGUCCGGGGGAUCAUUUGGAGUGCGUCAGUACUGUGUUUAAGAGCCAAAAAAUCAGCCGUCAAGCCUCAAAAGCGGAAUACAAUUUGUGUUGCAGAGAAAGUCGAUAUCACUUAAUUAAUUGUUAGAAUUUGUAUCGUGGCUGAUGGCUUCUAUUUCAGCCUUUGUUCUCCACUCUGGAAACUUAAGGUUAUUAGUAGAGACCUAACUCGUAAAAACUGUUGAAUUUUAAAAACAAAUGAUUGGUACUGUUCAGAUAAUAAAAACUAUAAUCUGUGAACACCACCGGACCAUCCUUCACUAAAGGCCCUCCGGCAAAAAAUGUUGUUGAUGAAAUACAGUGGAACCCCACCCGCUUUCGCUUAAUACGAACACCCGUAUAAAACGAAUGGUUCGUUUGUACCGACAAAAAGUUCAAAUAUUUCAGUGCUCAUAAGUAAACCUGGUUAAUAUGGAAAACGAACACUUUUCUGUGUCCCGAGUUACAAACUGAUAUAUAAUAAUUAUCGUAAACUCUCCCGGGAGGUCCUCAAUAAAGUUUUAUACGGGGAAGCUCUGCCCUGGGUCUAACUAUUUGCAGAUUGGUACUCCUUUCGUACUCCUAUCUCUAAUGGUUGAGGGUUCGAGUGGCUUGCUGCAGGCAUUUUAUCCGCAGGGGGUACUCAAGAAAGUUUUAUACGGGGAAGCCCUGCCUCGAGGUCCAUGUCCAUACCUUUCCACAUACCAUGUUUGACAGAAAAAGUACUCCUUUCGCAUACCAUUCCAUCCCUUUUGGCGGUUAAGGGGUGGGGUGGCUUGUUACAGGCAUUUUUUCCCCAGGGGGUACUCAAGAACGUUUUAUACGGGGAAGCUCUGCUCCAAGGUCCAUGUCCUUACCUUUCUACAUACCAUUUUUGACAGAAAAGGUACUCCUCUCGUAUACCAUUCCAUCCCUUUUGGCGGUUGAGGGGUGGAGUGGCUUGUUACAGGUAUUUUAAAAUUAGCUCAGACAAUACAAGGGUCAAUGGGAAGAAAGACUGCCUUAUCAAAAUCAAACUUGCGCGCUAUUUUGCAGUUUCUUUUUUUAGUAACAAAAUCGUAUUAACCCUCAGAAACCUGUAAUUAUUUGAACAGGGUUCAUUGUAUGCAGUUAGUACGUGAUUGUGACAAGGAAAUAGGCAGUGGCAGCCAUAUAGGUAGCCAGUGGUUACCAGUGUCCAUAAAGCGGGAUUGACGACAUGACAUUUUAAGACUUGGGACCACAGAAAAGUACCCGUUUUCCGUAUUAACCGUUGUCGGUAUUAAACGGGUUAGAGAAAAUAUGUGAGCAUCAAUAAACGUGCAAAACUACUGAGUAUCUGUGUAACAUAAUUCUGAGUAGUUGUCAAAAACAACCAAUCCAAGUCUUACAGGUAACUCGCGGGUAAAAUAAGGGUUCCUUUGACGUCAGAUGGGAAAAACAUCAUGCGCACCAUUUUCGCGGUUUUUAGGUCGCCCCUUUCCCCUUCCUUCUGAACGUCUGUUACGCUGUUUAGCCAUCUUCGAUGUCCGAAUUUAAUUCCUACAAAACACUUUAUUAAAAUACACUUUAUUAAAGUUAGUUGAAGAGCAGAACAGCUUGGCAUCAUAAAGCAAAAAUAAAUAUCAACCUGUGCUGGAGGUGAAAUUAUAUCAGUUCAAAGUACAUUAAUCGUGUAGUAUCUCGCAGUAACAUGAUGGGGAACCUGAGAAAUUUAGAUUUAACUAAGACUGUAUUGAAUUCCAUUGAUUCAUUUAUUUUUGUAAGAAAAAGCGAACCUUUUUUUUUUUUACAACCAGUUAAGGUACAUUCCAUUUUUUCUCUCCGACAGUUAGGAGCUGGACUCAGUUGGUCACUCUCCUCCUUGACUCCAAACUAGUUUCAGUUCUCUGUCACUUUGGAAAUUUUGGAUGCGGAGAUAGAGGAUGGACACCGGUCAUGAAAAUGGACGGCAAUAAGGUAAGACAUUUGUGUACGUUUUCCCUUAGUUUGGCGAAAAAAAUGUGUUAUUAAUGAUUAAAUACAGGUUUACCUCUGUUAGCCGUAAUUUUCAAUUAUCCUAGCCUGCGAAUACAGCCGUUUCUCCUUGCUCCUCGUUGUUAGGGACGUUUCAUCAGGAGGAACGUCUGCACCUCAGUGACUGAAAUUUCAUACUAAUGACGUCAAAUUGCAAAAUUUUCUAUGGGAGCAUAACCCCAGCACUCCAGAUUUGAGGCGCCUUCGGCGCUCUAACAUUUCUUCUCGUGCGUACAUGAUAAGUCCCUGGAUCUGAAAGAUUUAAGUAUUAAGAACACCUUGUGUUGUUUAUUGCGCUUUUCAAUACGUGAAUAAUGUGUGAGUUUAAUUCUAGGAAGUCAAUCCGUGUUCUAAUGAAUGACUGUAAAAUAUAAACCCCACUUGCACGUAGAUUCAAAGUUCUCUAACGUGAAAUUUGAAUGUUGCCACCUCGGAAACAGAAUAACUAGUGUAUAAAAGAUCACAACCAAAGCGUAUGCGAUCAAUCAAAACUGAAUUAAGUUCUCAGCCGCUUCUAUUCGAGCCCAUAUUUUAGUUCCUUACAGUAAUCAUUAACGAGCAACAUGAGCAUGUUUUGCGUAAAAGUUGCUCGCACUAGGCUAAGGUCGAAAUAAAACCCAAGGAUGCAACUGGCCGGUAAACUCGUCUGUUCAGCACUUACCUCAAACUACCACCACUGCGUCGUAUGUUUCGUCCUGAAUACUGUAACUCUUACCUACCACUUGGGUUGAAAUUGCUCCUUACUUCGGUCGCGCCGAAAAUUCAAGCGUUAUCGGAAAGAAGUUACCGGAAAUGUUGAAAUUUCCCGCCCGUGAAAGCUGUUGUUUCACGUUGAUCGUUUUUGCCCUUACAAGGCAAGAAACGGUCAAAAAUAACAAUAAGGAACAAUUCCCAUUGUUCUCGAAUUCAGGUCACUUUUCUUGAUACGUGGGCUUCUGGAAUAUCUCGGUCAGUAGCAGAGGUCAACCGCCCUUCCUGUCAGACGAUGUGAAGGUUUUCAUCAAAACACGGAAGCCUGGUCUCUGUACUAGCGAAUACGCGAGAGUUAAAUUAAGGUCUCGGUAAAUGAAAAUUUUAGUACUUUGCUCGAUUUUGUUUUUUGGGAUUUUUGGCAUGAGUGGGUCCUAAAUUUUAUUUUGGAAGAAAAAGAAAAUCAGAAAGUGCUUUUUAACCCUUCUAAAAUGAGCCUUUUCUGAGCUAACCAGCCAAGCGUGGACCUCGCGCUAAAUCUUUAGAGCUGAUUUUCUCUCACUCUAUUUUAGACGCAAAAAUCAAAAUUCUCCGACCUCCAGUCGGGACAGGUUUUAAGCUAUCGCUUUGAAACUUUCAGAUAUGAUGGAUAAUGAUAUAGACUCAAAAUGUGUGUGAGGAAUUUUCCGAUUUCCCUUUGUAACUCAUUUUAUGCCAGUUUCUUUGCGUAAAUCGCGCUCGAGAUUCGACUUUUUAGUUUGAAAUGCAAUAAUUCCGCUAAUACGAGACAUAUGCAAAUUUCCUCACACCCUUUUUUAGGUCUUUUAUCUGUCAAUCAGAUGCAGUAAAAAGGAAGUGAAUAUUUAACAACGCGAAAGGGCUGGAGCUUCAGCAACAAACUCGAUACCUCUGAGUUCGAGAGCAAAAAACUUAAGCGCCUUUUGAAAUUCGAUGAAAUAAAAUCUUUCAUAAGGUAAUUUAGUCUUUUAGCUUUAAUUUGAUAUAUAACUUGCCUUUGUAGCGAAAAUACUCGCGCGACUAGAAUUUUUUUCUGUGGGCACCUCGUUUUCCUUUACUGAGACCUUAAGAUAAUUAUAUUCAAUUCGGCAUUUUUCAAUCGCAUCAAUGAUUAAAGAGUGCAGUAUUUGUUUACUUUUUAUUCUAUCGGUGACCAUUAACGCCAUUUCGCCUGCUGUGGCUAAUUUCAUUUUAUAAAGCUGGAGAAGCGAGGACGUUGCAGAUAUUCUUUUCAUUGUAAUGGAUCUUUCAUUGAAAAAUCUUUUUUCUUCUUCUCCGGUAAGGAUGUUGACUUUAGAAGAAAAACGAAACCUUAAUUUUAACUUUUCUUUUUAAAGGACAUUUUUUCUAUUUCUUCCUUCUUUUUACCAUAGCAAACAUUUCAUCACGAAACAGCCUUCUGGAGCAACAAAGAAACUUUCAACCUUGACGGAGGGAAGACUGGGUUUGACUCACGAGAGACUAAACUGCCCUCCUACUGGAACACUUCCUUCUCCAAGAUCUGCCUCGGCAUGAAGAUCGGCCAAAAGAUCAGAUUUAUUGUCAUCAACAAGCAGGCGAACUCCUUGUACUGUCUGAUCGCUGAUGGGCAAUACCGCAGCACCUCACUGGGUCGUGACAAGUGGAAGUCACUGAUUGGUUCUAAAGCCUCCUUGCAGUACAACUGUAACAAGGAUGGAUUCAAUGCUGUUUGUGAUGAUCCUCGCUUUUCCAAAGCAAGAAUCGGUAUCAUUAGUAACCAGGAAGACAAUUGCGCCUCUUGUGACUCUAGAAUUGGAUUUGGUACUGGAGGAUAUCAUGAUAAUAGCAGCUCAUGUGGAAACGAGGCUACAAUCGCUCCAGAUAAUGGCGAAAAGCAUUUUAAGACAAUGGGAUAUAUUUUGGUGCAGUAA